AUGUACAGAACAAAUACGCAAGAUAGGCAUAAACAUAAACAUAAGGAAUUCAGCAUAAGCUUUAUGUUUUGCAUUAAUCUAUGUAUCAUCUUGAAGUUUUCCUUAGAAUGCAACGAAUGCCUUCAUCUUAGAGCAUUAAAAUGUUCUGUUAAUGAUAAGCUUUUGUAUAAAGGCGAGAAAAGUUGA